GCGGGGCCGCCGCAGCCGCGGGAGCCGCCGAGAGCGGGAUGGGUCCGGCCGGGCUGCGCCGCGCCCGCGGACUUACAGCAGAAGUCCCUGUUGCUUUGAGAAGCACAAUGACCAUCUCACAGCUCUGUUUGGAGGAGAGGGCAUAGAAGGUCUGCUGCCACUGCACUCUCCUGAGGUGUGUGGUAAAAAUGGUGCAGAAAUACCAGUCUCCAGUUCGAGUCUACAAAUACCCUUUUGAGCUCGUCAUGGCAGCCUACGAGAAACGCUUUCCUACGUGCCCAGAGAUCCCAGUCUUCCUGGGGAGUGAAAUCCUGCACGAAUCCAGGAGUGAGGACGGAGCCAUCCAUGUCAUUGAGCGGAGCUGCAAGCUGAACGUGGAUGCUCCCAGGCUGCUGAAGAAGAUUGCAGGGGUAGAGCAUGUCUUCUUCAUCCAGAGGAACACGGUGAACUGGAGGGAGAGAACGCUGCGCAUCGAGGCCCACAACGAGACCUUUGCCAGCCGGGUGGUGGUCAGGGAGACCUGCAGCUACUCAGUUCACCCUGAGAACGAGGAGUGGACCUGCUUUGAGCAGUCAGCCUCUCUCGACAUCAAAUCCUUCUUUGGCUUUGAAAGCACCGUGGAAAAAAUUGCCAUGAAGCAGUACACCUCCAACAUCAAACGGGGCAAGGAGGUGAUUGAGCACUACCUGAAGGAGCUGAUCUCCCAAGGGAUCACGUUCAUCCCGCGCUGGAGCCCUCCCGCGGUGGAGGAGGAGGAGGAGGAGGAGCGAGCCCCGGCGGUGGGCCGGGCCCCCGGUGCCAUGCUGCUGGAAUCCGGGGCUGCUGGCACCAGCAGGGAGCCGCCUGCCAGCCCCUGCCCGCCCCCAGAGCCUGCCAGCCCUGAUGCUGACAAACUGGACGCUGAUUACAUCGAGCGCUACCUGGGCCAGCUCACCCCGCUGCAGGAGAGCUGCCUGAUCCGCCUGCGCCAGUGGCUCCAGGAGACUCACAAGGGAAAGAUCCCCAAGGACGAGCACAUCCUGCGGUUCCUGCGCGCCCGCGACUUCAACAUCGACAAAGCGCGGGAGAUGCUGUGCCAGUCGCUGGCCUGGCGCAAGCAGUACCAGGUGGAUUUCAUCCUGCAGUCCUGGAGACCCCCGGCCCUGCUGCAGGAGUACUACACUGGGGGGUGGCACUACCAGGACAAAGAUGGGCGGCCACUCUACAUCCUCCGCCUCGGGCAGAUGGACACGAAGGGUUUGGUGAAGGCCCUGGGAGAGGAAUCCCUGCUGAGACAUGUUCUGUCCAUUAAUGAGGAAGGACAGAAGAGAUGUGAGGAAAACACCAACAUCUUUGGCCGCCCCAUCACAUCCUGGACAUGCCUGGUGGACUUGGAAGGGCUCAAUAUGAGGCACCUCUGGCGGCCUGGGGUGAAGGCCCUGCUCAGGAUCAUUGAGGUGGUGGAGGACAACUACCCUGAGACCCUGGGGAGGCUCCUGAUCGUGAGAGCACCACGGGUCUUCCCUGUGCUCUGGACCCUGGUCAGUCCCUUUAUCAAUGAGAACACACGGCAGAAGUUCCUCAUCUACAGUGGCAAUAACUACCAGGGCUCAGGAGGGCUGGUGGACUAUGUGGACAAGGAUGUGAUCCCAGACUUCCUGGGAGGAGACUGCAUGUGCACUGUCUCAGAGGGGGGGCUCGUCCCCAAGUCCCUGUACCAGACCGAGGACGAGUCGGAGAACUCUGAUCACAUCCGGCUGUGGACAGAAACCAUCUACCACUCUGCAAGUGUCCUCAAAGGAGCCCCACACGAGAUACUCGUGGAGAUCCUGGAAGGGGAAUCUGUCAUCACCUGGGACUUUGACAUCCUGAAAGGAGACGUGGUGUUCAGCCUCUUCCACUCCAAACGAGCUCCUCAGCCAAGUCACAAAGAAGGCACCUCACCAAGUCCCUCUGGUGCAGGGGACAACGUGCAGCUCAUUGACAAGACCUGGGUGCUGGGGGUGGAUUACAGCCGGGUGGAAUCUCCCCUGGUCUGCAGGGAAGGAGAGAGCAUCCAGGGGUCCCAUGUCACACGCUGGCCUGGCUUUUACAUCCUGCAGUGGAGGAUGCACGGGCCCCUGCCCUGCUCCAGCUCCAGCCUGCCCCGUGUGGAUGAUGUCCUGGCCUCCCUGCAGGGCUCCAGCCACAAGUGCAAGCUCAUCUACUACUACGAGGUGCUGGCCUCCAAGGACUUCAGGGGAUCCAUGUCCAGCCUGGAAUCUUGCACCAGUGGCUUUUCCCAGCUGAGUGGAGUCACCACAUCUUCCAGCCAGUCCCAGAGCAGCUCCCACCUCUCCAGAUAGCAGAGCCAGGGCUGCACCAGCAGGGGCACCCCGGGGCUGCUCCAGCCCCAAACCAAAGAGCUCCAGGCCUGAGCUGUGGGGCAGCUGCAGCCAUUUGGGCACAGAGAGGCCUCUGGGGGCUGCUGCAACCACAAAAACUGAAAUUCCAGGGGCAGGUUUUGGGGUUUAGGGUCAGCUGCCUGCUUCUCAGUAGCCUCCUUCAGCACCUGUGGAUUUUGGGUGCCUGUGAGUUUGCAGGAUCCACUGCACUCCAAAGGGCUCUCCUGUCAGCUCUUUCCCCCAGAGGAGGCUGAUGUUGCCUUACUGUUGGACCUUGAGAGAAUUCCUGGGUGGCAAAGCUAAGGGAAUGUCCUGGCUGCCCACAGGCUGCUGCCUCCACACUGGGCAGCCAAGGGGGCAUUCCAGGGGCAGGGCCUUGGGAGGGACUGCCAACACCUGGGUACAGGCAGGAUGGUUCAGAAAUCACUGCCAGGCCAAACCAAAAACCUCUUCUGGUCUGGCAGGAUGCUCUGGGAAAUGUGUUGGAUUUUUUUUAACCCUGCUGAGAAACAAAAGGUCAAAAGGUUUUUUUUCUUUUUUAGAAAUUCCAGGCAUUGAAUCUGCCUAGUGAGUGGCAUCUUCCAAACUAUUUCUUUUUACUCAGGUUUACAGCAAUAAUGAGUAGGUCUGUCCCAUUCUCGAGAGGAUGGGGACUGAAUCCAGUCCUAAAGGGCUAAGAAAAGCAAUAUUUGAUUUCCUGAAGGCACAAGAUUUUCUGGCAGUAUUACAGAACUUGCUUCUUCUAAACAUGAGCUCACUUGAAACCAUUCAGAGAGACAUGUAUGUAUGUAAGCACUUACUGAAGCCUAUUUAUUCUAUACUAGCUUAUUUUAAAUUUUUAACUUAUUGUGUCAGAAAUGACUAUUUAUUAAAUACAGUCACCUUUUUUAAUGGGAUGAACUUUGUUUUAGAAGGGAAUAACUGAAUGUCUUCAAUCCCAAGCAAUCUUUCUGCUUGGGUCCUGAUCUUUGUGAUCAAUGGAUGUUCUUGCAAAAGGGCUGCAUUGGGUAAGGGCUUGUGUCACCUUCCUUGCAAGGAGAGGUGAGAGUCCCCUGCUUUUUUAGACUGUUUUUUAGGAUUAAGAAACAAGGAUUGAGUUCAGGAGUUGUCAUGAAGAUGCACUGUCUUCCUACACACCAAAAAUGCCACAUUUGUCCCUAAUCUCUGAUUGUUCUUGUAGUCAGGAUGGGGAGCAAAGUUAUCCAUGUUGUCGUCCAGGUGAAAAAAAAAAAUGAGAGCAGGUGUCAAAUACUCACCAAGUUUUUAUUCAGGAAUCUGUGAAGUUGUCCCUUCCCACCCUGGUGUUUUUAAUCCCUGGUUUUGAAGCACCAGGCUCUGCCAAAAGAGCAAAGAGCCAAAAUAUUUGGGACAAUGGGAGACAAAGAACUUGGCACGGGUUUGAGUUGUUUGGUGAGGUUUUUUAAGGAUUGGAGCCAAGGGAAUCACUGUGCCCCUUGCAUCUCUCCCUGUGAACAGGUGUCUUGGUUAUGUAGAGCUCAGGGAAGUUCUGAUUUCCAAUUCUCAGUUGUUCCAUGGACUUUCAUGUUUCUCCCAGAGAAAUGAAACUUCUGUCUCUAGCAUUUCAGCAUAACUGGAGUCUGAUAAAGAGGGACAAAUGUAAAUGUAAUUCCCACCUUUCCUCUGGAAGGUCAGGAAUUCUGGAAGCAAAAGUGCAUGUGUGUAUCCCUCAUGGAAAAUCCUUGACCCAGAAUAAAAUCGAAUUCUGGAAACGGUUUCAGACUCCCAAAGCCUCAGGAGCAAACCCAGCCCUGUCCCCCGUGCUGUUUCAGGAUUUUACCUUCCCUUCUCACAUGGUUGCUCACAGUAGCAGCAUUCCUGUUCCCUGCCUUUGCUCUGGGUAAGAAUCUUGCCCUUAGCCCUGGAUUUUUUGUUUUGUAAAUUUGUUUUGAAAUGUGGGAUAUGCUCUUUUCUGCCCACCAGAAGUUUGACUUUUGUCAGUGAAGGAGCUUGGCCCCUGGCAGAUCUCUGAAGGGUGAGGUCAGGGGUGGUUCCACAGAGUGUUCCUGGCUCUAGGGAUAAUCCCAAUCCCAGUUUUAACUCUUGUGCCUUGGCAGCACCACUCACUCCUCUGCCCAUCAGAGAUCGUGCACAGGUCUGUGAAGCAGCUUGUGACCUCUCCUUGGCAAGGCUGCCUGGUUUAUCCCACCUGACAAUUUACUCUGAAACCAUUUGAAUUUAAAUAAUUCAAUAUUUUCUUCCUUUUUCUCCUAAAUAUUAACAGGAGAAAGGGAGCAACAGCCUGGAUGCUGUGCUGUGCUUUCUAAACCUGACCUUGUGAACUGCAGAUACCAGAGACACACACAGAAUUCUCCUACAUCACCUUUUCCCCCCCCAAACUACAUCAGUGUGCUUUAGAAAAUAAACUCAGAGUUUUCUUCACAGUGAGCUGAGUCUGGGAGGGAUUUUGGAUCCUCAGAAAUCUCCUAAGGCAGAACCUUGGGCACUGGGCUCAUUUUGGGUGAUGCAGCAGAGCCCUCCCUGCUCCCUCCCCAGCAGCGAGGCCGCUGAGCUGGGGCUGUGUGCAGGGAAGGAGCUGCUGGUUAAAAAGUGGCUCCCAGGAAAUUGGGGCUGUCCCUGGCCCAGAUAUUCCCUAUGCAAACACAACACCUACCUCAGAGCUGGUGCCAUGUCCCGUGGUGGCAGGGGAGUGCAGGAUGCUGUACCAGAGGUCACACAUCCAGAUGUGACACCUUCAUUGCCAGAGUUCUCCAGCUGUGCCCCAUUCCCUGGGCUCUGUCCAGGGCUGGGAAGAGCAAACACAGAGCCUGAGGAUGGAUGCUGGAUGGCCUCAGCUGUCGUUCAGGGCACAGUCCUGAGCCGUGCUUUGCUGCUCUCCGCCGUGAAAAGGGCUCUGUCCCCGCUGAAGGAGGAGGGCUGAGCCCCCGGGGCACCAGGGGCGGCUCCAGCCCCGCAGGUGUCGGCGGUGCUGGGGGAGCGCUGGGAGUCGGCUCUGGGGCUCUCUCAGGGAGGCACCGCAGCAGCUCAGUCCUUCCUCAGCUCCCGAACUCAGCUCAGUCCUUCCUCAGCUCCCGAACUCAGCUCAGUCAUUCCUCAGCUCCCAAACUCAGCUCAGUCAUUGCUCAGCUCCCGAACUCAGCUCAGUCAUUCCUCAGCUCCCGAACUCAGCUCAGUCCUUCCUCAGCUCCCGAACUCAGCUCAGUCCUUCCUCAGCUCCCGAACUCAGCUCAGUCCUUCCUCAGCUCCUGAACUCAGCUCAGUCAUUCCUCAGUUCCUGAACUCAGCUCAGUCCUUCCUCAGCUCAGUCAUUCCUCAGCUCCCGAACUCAGCUCAGUCCUUCCUCAGCUCCCGAACUCAGCUCAGUCAUUGCUCAGCUCCCAAACUCAGCUCAGUCAUUGCUCAGCUCCCAAACUCAGCUCAGUCCUUCCUCAGCUCCCGAACUCAGCUCAGUCCUUCCUCAGCUCCUGAACUCAGCUCAGUCCUUCCUCAGCUCCCGAACUCAGCUCAGUCAUUGCUCAGCUCCCAAACUCAGCUCAGUCAUUGCUCAGCUCCCAAACUCAGCUCAGUCCUUCCUCAGCUCCCAAACUCAGCUCAGUCCUUCCUCAGCUCCCGAACUCAGCUCAGUCCUUCCUCAGCUCCUGAACUCAGCUCAGUCAUUCCUCAGCUCCCGAACUCAGCUCAGUCCUUCCUCAGCUCCCGAACUCAGCUCAGUCCUUCCUCAGCUCCCGAACUCAGCUCAGUCCUUCCUCAGCUCCCGAACUCAGCUCAGUCAUUCCUCAGCUCCUGAACUCAGCUCAGUCAUUCCUCAGCUCCCGAACUCAGCUCAGUCCUUCCUCAGCUCCUGAACUCAGCUCAGUCAUUCCUCAGCUCCUGAACUCAGCUCAGUCCUUCCUCAGCUCCCGAACUCAGCUCAGUCCUUCCUCAGCUCCUGAACUCAGCUCAGUCCUUCCUCAGCUCCUGAACUCAGCUCAGUCCUUCCUCAGCUCCCGAACUCAGCUCAGUCCUUCCUCAGCUCCUGAACUCACUGUUGGAAACGAUUCCCGCCGGUGAGCAGGCCAGGCAUUCCUGAGUGACUGAGAUGCAGCUGAGCUCCUCUGCUCAGCCACUCUGGUUCUGUCUGUUCCCUUUCAGCAACUGUGAAUAAGAAUUUGUAAUCCCAGUUUGGUUUGCUGGCAGAUUCUGAAAAUGCCAUAAUCCACUCACAAUUCCCACUAGGAAGGGGCAAGCCCAGCUGCCCACCACACUGGGCUGGGAAGCUGCAGGGCUGAGGCCAACCCUGCUCCAGGCAGGGCAUCCCUCAUUUCAAAAGGCAUUUUAUGAGCUCACACUGCUUUAAUGUCCCACAUGUUUGUACUGUGAGCAAUUAAUGCCAGAACAGCUAUUAGAGACUUACCUGACAGCAGCUGUCAAAGAUUCCUGCAUGCAGGUACCUUUAAUAUUCCUCCACCACCUUUGUGAUGCUCCUUACAUCUGAUUAAUUCUCUCUUGGAAGGUGAAAUUGGAGUCAAGUCACAUUUGCUGGCUUUUAGUGACACCAACACGCCCUUCCAGGCUUUCAGUUACACCUAAGCUAAAUGGGCAUUAAUUAAGUUUUUUAGCAGCACUUACUUUCUCUCCUUUGCAGCUGGCUUUGGUUUUAUAUACUGAAAUCUUAAUUUUUCUCAGCCAAACCCCUCAAACCUCCUGUAAGAGCCCACUGCAGGGCAUUGAAAUAACAGAUGUCCUCCUGUGACAGUGUGUGUGAGUCCUGGUAGAGCUGUACUUUUGGGUAUGUGGGAAAUAAAAUAUCUCUGAGAGUA